UUUUUUUAUGAUGCUUCUAUUUUGCAACUUACUUGACUAGCAUUUGGAAAUGAAAUCACCUUAAUUAUGCAAAUAAAUUAUGAAUACAGUGAGGUCUUACCCAUUACCCUUUUAUUAUGAAAUGCAGUCAACUGCUUUGGCUGCAGCCCAGAGUUGUUACACCACAGAGUGUCAGCAUGUGGCCUGUGGAGGAAUGCCUGCCUGCACUGACUGUGAAGUAAACAAGAGAAAAAUUGAUAAUAAAUUCAUCAAAUAUACUUGUGAUAAUUAACAUUCACGAUAAAAGUUCAGGAAAUAUAUUAAUAUGGCAGACUUAAAGUGUUGCACUGGAAAACUAAGCCCAGAUUUUCAGGAAUCAGACAUUUUAGUUGUUUAUUGUUAUUUAGUAAAGCAAACAGACGCAGAAGAUUGUUACGUUUUCUGCUGUUUCUACUUUCCAUGAAGGCAUGCUGCCUCUACAGUGUGGCUUAAAAAUAGUCCAAUGGGAGUCUUAAUGCUACUUAGCAACAUUUAGAGUGCAGGCACGUGGACUUCUUUGGAGUAUUUAAAAGUGUGGAAUGUUGUUUAGACAAAAUACCACUGUACUGCAAGGACAGACUGCACAGUGCAUUAUUUAAAUCAAACCAAAUCACAGAGUGAGAGGUCUCUCAUUCUUUACUCUUGAAUAAAUCUGCCCCCUUGUCUGCCUCUAAAAGAAGAGGGGAUCAGUUAGCCUUAAGGAGUUUUCCAUAAAAAGUUCUCCCCUCAAAAGGAGGUUUAAUACUCUCACGGGAGUGGAAACUGAAGUUUUUAAAUUGUGACUCCGUCCCAGCGAGGGACCAGCUCAUUCUGCCCCACAGAGCGCUCAACCCUACCACUCCGGUGCUAAGCUGAAGACUUUAAGAGGAACACCACGUCUUGAAGGACAUUUUUUUUCUCCCUCAAGAGCAGGGAGGUAGUUUUUAUAAAGUAUGGGAGACUAUGAUGAAGACACUGCAUUCCUGGGACAAACUGGUCCUUACUUCUGGACUACAUUCUUCCUCCUCAACACAGUUUUUGUGUCAACUGGAUUCAAUGGACUCUACAUUGUGUUUGUUGGAGCAGCUCCGAAGCACCACUGUCUCAUUCCAGACGUCAACCUCACUGACGAGUGGAGAGAUGCCAUUAUUCCCGUCAGGAUAGUGGACGGCGCGGAGGUUCAGAGCCAGUGCAGCAGAUACAAGCUGGAUGUGGUCAGAAAUCUCUCUGCAGAAGGAUCUAUACCUGGAAGGGGUGUAAACGUCACUAACCUGGAGCAGGAGGGAUGUUUAGAUGGAUGGAUCUACAGCAAAGAUAUCUACCAAUCCACUAUUGUCACUGAGUGGGACCUUGUUUGUGACAACCAGUGGAAAGUUCCUUUUGCAUCAUCAACCCUCUUUGUGGGAUACCUUGUUGGUUCCCUAAUCUCAGGCCAACUUUCUGACAGGUAUGGGAGGAAGAAAGUUGUUUUCAUCUCUCUCGGGGCCCAGUGUCUCUCGGUCCUGCUUCAGUCCUUCUCACAUUCAUGGAGGAUGUUCUGUAUCAUGUUCCUCUUUGUUGGAGCCUCUCAGAUCUCCAUCUACAUCUCUGCAUUUGUACUAGGCACGGAGGUGUUGAGCAAAACCAUGCGAGUGCUCUUCACGACCCUCGGGGCCUUCCUGUUCUAUUGCAUCGGGUACAUGACACUACCCUGGAUUGCAUACGGUAUCAGAGAAUGGAGGACUCUACUCGCCGUUCUGUCAGCAACUUCUGUGGUUUACAUCCCUCUGUGGUGGUUUGUCCCAGAGUCUCCUCGGUGGCUGAUCACUCAGGGAAGAGUAGAAGAGGCAGAGCCCAUUGUGAGAGAUGCUGCAAGGAGAAAUAAAGUGGACGCUCCAGCUAUAAUCUUCAAAGAAUCAGAGCUGCAGGAAAUGUCUCCCAGCAAGACUUACACUAUGCUUGAUAUUCUGAAAUCCAAGAACAUCAGAUGCAUCACACUGAUGUGCCUCCUUUUGUGGAUGGCUAUAAAUAUUGGGUAUUUUGGAUUAUCCCUGAACACCUCCAACCUGAGCGGCAACCCCUUCAUGAACUGCUUCUUGUCAGCUACUACUGAAGUUCCUGCUUAUGUGGUUUCUACUUGGCUGCUGAAGAAAUGUCCCAGGAGAGUACUUCUGUCAUCGUUCCUUGUCAUUGGAGGAGGAGUUCUUCUGCUCAUCCAGUUCAUCCCUGACACUCUUCAGCAUGUUGCUCUGGCACUGGAGAUGACUGGGAAGUUUGGCUUCACCAUGGCCUUCAGCAUCGUGUACAUCUACACCGCUGAGAUCUACCCCACUGUGCUGAGGAACGUUGGCAUGGGAAUGUGCUCUUCUGCUGCACGCAUUGGCAGCAUCACAGCUCCUUAUGUCAUUUAUUUAGGUACAUAUAAUAAGGUUUUGCCUUAUAUUCUAAUGGGAAGCCUCACUAUUGCCUCCUCUGUGGUUAACUUGUUCCUCCCGGAGACCCUCCAUAAAGAUCUUCCGGAAACAGUUGAGCAAAUGCAAGAAUGUCAAGGGGUGUGCAGUGGAGCCAAAAAGGAGAAAUAUGUAGAAAACGGAGCUAUGGGCAACCUUCCUGUCCAACAUGAGGCCAAAUCUGACGUGCAAACUCUUACGCUUUAGUUUUUUGUAAUCUCUUUACAUUCAAUUUGUAACUGUAGGACGUUAGUUUCCAGAGUUCAUAUGGUAAUGCUCAUAUGAUCCCAUGUUUAAAUAUGUUAAUUUGUGUUCUGUAGCCAUGAAAAUGUUUGUAAUAGGAAGCGUGACAUGUGAAGGUGUCAGAAAGUCUAGGGUUGGUGUGCCUCUCUAUGACAUUUAAUGUUUCCAUUUGGGGUUAAAGAUCACAGGCGAUAAACCAGGAGGAACCAGAUGUUGUUUACAUCAGGGUAUUAAAAGAACUGUCACUUUUUUGUCUUUUUCGUUUCAUCUGCUACCUGUACUGGAGCACAGUUGUUGUGACUCAAGCUUGUUAAAUAAAUUCCUGAACUGAACAUUCAA